UCUAACUGCAUCCGCGAGCCACGCUUUUGAAAUACAAAAUUAGGUUGCAUGGCUUUGAACGGCAAUUUACUUGAGAAAACAGUAAAAGUUGGUCUGAACGUGUGGAAGGGUUUUAAAACUAUGAGCAGUGCUCCAAAGACUCCAAGGAUUAUGAAGGCUAUAGGCACACACAAUGGUGUAUUUCAUUGCGAUGAAGCAUUGGCAUGCUUCAUGCUGAAACAGUUACCUGAAUAUGCCGAUGCUGAAAUUAAGAGAACCAGAGAUCAAGCGAUUUUAGAUGCUUGUGACAUCGUUGUGGAUGUUGGUGCAGUUUACGAUCAUGAGAAGAAAAGAUAUGAUCAUCACCAAAGAAGUUUCAAUCAAACAUUGUCAACAGUGCUUCCAGAUGUUGCAAAAAACAAGCACAUCAAGUUGAGCAGUGCUGGUUUAGUCUAUGCACAUUAUGGCAAGGAUGUUAUAAGUACAAUUAUGGAGAAGAAAGAUCACGCUCUAUCUACAGACGUUAUAGAUGUUAUCUUCAUUGCUCUCUAUGAUGGUUUAAUUGAAGAACUUGAUGCUCUUGACAAUGGUGUUCCAAUGUACGGGGGUGAACCCAAAUAUAGAAUUAACACUCACUUGGGUGCAAGAGUUUCAAAAUUGAACCCUUCUUGGAAUUCCACUGUUAAAAAUGAUUCUGACAAUCUAUUCUAUAAAGCAAUGGAAUUGGCUGGGGCAGAAUUCACAGAUAAGCUAGUUGAGUUGGUUACGGUUUGGUGGCCUGCUCGUUUCAUCGUUAAGAAUGCCAUUAAGACGAGAUUGAUUACGCACGAAUCGGGUGCAGUCAUACAACUGUCGGAUCCGUGUCCAUGGAAAGAGCAUUUACUACAAUUAGAGGAAGAGUUGGGCAUGAGCAAUCAGAUCAAGUUUGUAAUUUACCCAGACAGCAACGGAUCUUGGAGAGUACAAGGGAUUCCGGUACAACCAGAUAGUUUUAUCUGCCGUGUUUUCCUACAUAAAGAUUGGAUGGGUCUCAGAGAUAAACAACUUUCGGAAGUUAGCAAUAUUCCUGGUUGCAUUUUCUGCCAUGGCAACGGAUUUAUAGGAGGCAACGCAACCAAAGAAGGCGCUUUGCUGAUGGCCACCAGAAGUAUAAAGAAUGAAACAUUUGCGGACUUAAUCUAAUGCUCUUCAAAUUAAUUUAUGUUCAUUUAAACUUGUUUCUUGUUAUUUACUUAAUAAUCCUUAAUAAUUUUG